AUGUCUCUUACAAUACCAAGCAAUCUCUCCAUGUUGAAGCCCAAACUUGGGGUCUCUCAAAUGACCCCGACAAAACCAAGAUCCAUGGUUGUAUGUUCAGCAUCACAAACUCCAUCAACACAAGAGAAACCAUCAUCACCACUCCAAGCAUUCUCUGCUGCACUCGCACUCUCUUCCAUUCUCUUAUCAGCUCCACUUCCUGCUGUAGCUGAUAUCUCUGGCCUAACCCCAUGCAAAGACUCCAAACAAUUUGCCAAACGUGAGAAACAGCAGAUUAAAAAGCUAGAAUCUUCUCUAAAAUUGUAUGCACCUGACAGUGCACCUGCUUUGGCUAUCAAAGCUACAGUUGAGAAGACUAAAAGAAGGUUUGACAACUAUGGGAAGCAAGGGUUGCUAUGUGGCUCAGAUGGGCUACCUCACUUGAUUGUGAGUGGUGACCAAAGGCAUUGGGGUGAGUUUAUUACACCUGGGAUUUUGUUCUUGUACAUUGCUGGAUGGAUUGGGUGGGUUGGUAGGAGUUACUUGAUUGCUAUAAGUGAUGAGAAGAAGCCAGCAAUGAAGGAGAUCAUUAUCGAUGUGCCUUUGGCUACUAGUUUGGUCUUUAGAGGCUUUUCUUGGCCUGUUGCUGCCUACAGAGAGCUUGUCAAUGGUAAUCUUGUUGUCAAGGAUGUGUAA